ACCAACAAUAGAUUAAUGGCUAGAGCCGCGUGAAGAGGUUUUCAUGUAAAAUGAACACAGAAACAAUGUCAAUCUCCGUCUACCUUAAUUCCAGGAUUGGAGAAAUUGUAAUCUUCGUUUUCCUGCUCAUCUCCCAAACUUGCAAGGGUGGGGAUUCAAAUCAGUGUCCACCUUCUUCAUGUGGGAAGAAUCACAACAUCAGUUACCCUUUUCGAUUACAAACUGAUCCUAAGAAUUGCGGAAACCAUAGCUAUGAGCUUUCUUGUGAAAAUAAUUUGACGGUGUUCAAUCUUAACGGUGGAAGAUACUUUGUUCAAUCCAUCAACUACGAUAACUUCACUAUCCGACUGGUGGAUGCCGGCGUCCAUCCAGACAAUUGCUCCUCCAUUCCUCGUUUUCCAUUUAUAUACGAUCUGUCGGAAAGAUAUUCCACUUAUAGAUACCAAUGGUCAGAAACAGAAGAACGCAAAUGGGCGAAGUUAAGACAGCGUCCAGAGUUGUCGCAGAUGAUUAUGUUCAUAAAGUGUCAAAAUCCAGUGAAGUCUCCUCCUUACGUGGAAACAGCUCCUUGUCUUAACUCAUCUUAUGUAAAUAUAGGAGACAUGAAGGCAAACGAUUUGAUGGAGUUGUGCAGCGUGGAGAUGAUUAGUUUGUUUCCAUUAUUUCCGGCAAAGAAGAACAUGUCGUUUCUUGAAAUUCACAGGCAACUUGCAUUUGGGUUUCAGCUUUCCUGGCACAACAUCCACUGUGGACAAUGUGAUGGUGGUUGCUAUCUGGACAGCAGAAAAGGCAUUCGAUGCCUUUAUAAUGAUUACUGGUGGAAUAUGUUAUCUGGAAUCAUAAGACUUCUCGUAUUCUUUUUGGAGCUACCUUUCCAAUAUAUAGCAAAAUUUUCUCUACGUUUGCCUGAUCCUGGGAAUUCGAUCUUCUGGAAUAUCAUAUGGUUACUUGUAUGGACUUUUGUUUAUCUUGGAAUGUGUUUUGUUGCAAGAGCUUUCUGUGGGGCUCCAUGUGUGAUUGCAUUUCUUAUUUAUAAAUGGAGAAGAAGGCAUCUAUCUGGAUAUGAAACUAUUGAAGAAUUCCUCCAGAGUCACAAUAACCUUAUGCCAAUAAGGUAUUCUUAUUCAGACAUUCGAAAGAUCACUAGAGGUUUCAAGGAAAAGUUGGGUGAAGGAGGCUUUGGUUUUGUGUAUAAAGGAAAACUUCGUAGUGGUAAAUUUGCUGCAAUAAAGAUGUUGGGUAAAUCUAAAGCUAAUGGACAAGAUUUUAUCAACGAGGUUGCUACAAUUGGAAGGAUCCACCAUACCAAUAUAGUAAAAUUAAUUGGUUUUUGUGUUGAGGGAACAAAGCAUGCUCUUGUAUACGAAUUUAUGUCUAAUGGGUCUCUUGAUAAUUAUAUUUUUUGUCAAGAAGGAUCUAUUUCUUUGAGUUGGGAAAAGUUAUAUGAGAUAUCUUUUGGAGUGGCACGAGGCAUUGAGUAUCUACAUCAAGGUUGCAAUAUGCAAAUCCUUCAUUUUGAUAUCAAGCCUCAUAACAUUCUUCUUGAUGAAAAUUUCACUCCAAAAAUUUCUGAUUUUGGGUUAGCUAAGCUUUAUCCAACUAAGGGAAGCAUUGCAUCUCUUACCGCUGCAAGAGGAACAAUUGGAUACAUGGCACCAGAGUUGUUCUACAAAAAUAUUGGGCGUGUUUCAUAUAAAGCAGAUGUAUACAGUUUUGGAAUGUUGUUGUUGGAAAUUGCAGGAAAAAGGAAAAACCUAAAUGCAUUGGCAGAAAAUUUGAGUCAAGUUUACUAUCCAUUCUGGGUUUAUGACCAACUCUCAAGUGGAAAGUUAACAAUAGAAGACUCAUCAGAGGAGGAAAAUAUAUUAGCUAGGAAAAUGAUUAUAACAGGAUUAUGGUGUAUACAGAUGCAACCUUGUAAUCGUCCUCCAAUGAACAAAGUACUAGACAUGCUUGAAGGAGAUCUCAAAAGCCUAGAAUUGCCCCCAAGGCCUGUUCUAUAUCCUGUGGAAUCAAUGACUAUGGAUGAAGGAGAAUCAUCAUCAAUAUCAAGUGAAGUAAAAUAGAUACAGAAUAUUGCUUAGUUGAAAGAGAUGGUAAAAUGUUCUGCAACUUCUUUUACCUUUAUAAAUUGCUCUAUAGAAUUAGUGAUGACUUGAUGAUAGAUUGUAAUAAUUCUAUGCGUUUAACUUGUUGAGUUUAAGCUAUAUUCCUAUUUACAUAAUCUUUCAAUGUAUGAUAAUGCAUUUGCAUUUUGCUUCGAUAUUUAUAGAGCUUGAUUUUCCUUUGUGGAUA